AGAAAGAAGGUUGAACUUUCAUUCUUACAACUAUCUUUUUGAAGCAGAUAGUUCACAGUGCUCAUUCUAUAGAUACUGUAAAAGCCAACUCAUGUUUCCACUCUAUUUUCAUUACGAAGAUGUAUCACGUCAGGAUCCGUUGCUCAAACCGAAUCACGCCAACGUUAUGGAAGUUCCUGGAUCGUGUGAAAUAAGAGUAGUACCAAAGGCACCCUAUGAUUUCAUAAUAAUAAAUGGAAAAUUGGCUAUGGAGAUUCCGUGCGGUCAGAAAUUCAUACAGACACAAAGGGGUUCGACAGGAAAGUCGUUUCGAUCCAAUCCAUUCUUGGGGUCAAAUAAAGACAAAGGAUAUGUCAGUGACCUAGCACGACAAAGCACUCUCCGAGGGCAUGGAAUGUAUAAUUUAUCGGUCAGAAUCUCGACAGUAAUGUCUCUGUUAGAUUCUCCGGUCGAAAUACGGGAAAACUCCAUUCCAUUCUCGAUGGAAACAGAGUUUUGCGAAUUCUCCCCGGAACUGGAAGAUCAUUUCGAGAUCUUCGAACAUAUUCGAGGGUUCAACGUGACUAUUGUCACUUCGGCCAACACACAAGAUGAGACUUUACCACCGUGGAGCGGCUUUUUGCAAAAAGAUGAGGGGGAAACUCAGUAAGAUGUCGGAGAAGCGAAAUAUACGAGAUCACAAACGUAGAUUGCUCGCGGCUAAAUAUGAAUUGAGACGAAAGCUUUAGAAAGCCUUUUUGUAAAGAUCCCGAUCUUCCUAGUGAUAUGCGGGACAAACAUCGUUCUAAGUUGUCCAAGUUGCCAAGAAAGAGUUCCUUUGCACGAGUAAGAAACCGAUGUAUUUUCAUGGGUCGCCCUCGUUCCGUAUAUAUGAGUUCUUUCGAAUUUCUCGUAUCGUUUUUCGUGGAUUAGCAUCUCGAGGUCCUUUGAUGGGCAUAAAGAAAUCGUCUUGGUAGCAACCACCAAACCAAUAGAACAAGGGUUAGCUCUGCAACUGGUCCACAAGCAAGGUAAGUAGGUCCAUUACCGGCCGGCGCCGGACCUAAAAGACCUAACGGAGUAAUCCCUUAUCUCGGAUCGGAGAUGCCAACGGGGCGGGAAUCCAAGUGGGGGACCUCUCUACCGCCUGUCUCUAUCUCCUGUCAAGUAUGCUCACCAGACAUAGACUACGUACAGGGUAGUACUCUUAGAAAGAUAGAAUAUCACCGCGUGAACAUAACAUUAAGUUACGAAUGUAACUCCCGAGGGAUCGACCACUAUUCUAAAUAUAGUAAGGCGGAGAACUGUUGUUCAUUGGAGCGCCGGAGUGCGGAGGUUGUUCCCAUCAUUGAAGUCAGAGUGUGGGACUGAGCUUUCCGAAUGAUAAAGACAAAAAAGUGCUUAGUUUCGUUGGAAAAACCAACGCAAAUAUCAUAUUGACUUUCUCUCGCCCUACUUCUAAAGAUAGAUAGAAAAGGUUGGAGAGAGUGACUUUCUGAAAUUCUCUCCUUUCUAAAGCUGCGCAAGGCGACCCCCCCAGAACAAAGCCCCACCCCUCUUUUCCCCCCUUUAA